UCCUGAAGAACGUAGUUUCUUAAGCAAUAUGGUGUCCAAGAAGACGUUAAUUUCGUGUUUUCGUAAUUUAAGCUGUGAUGCUCCCGAUCAACCUGUCAUCGACAGAUGUCUUCAGCUUUGCCACGAUUAUGGCAUUGACGAAGAAGCAUUUGUAGAAUUAUGGGUAGUAUAUAGUAUUCAGCAGUCUCUAAAUAUUAUUCCAACUCUUGAUGAUCUUCAUAAAUUUGAGAAAGAGAAAUUGAAAAAAGAUAAAACAGAUUCUAUUAAUGGGGUUCAACAUGCAGUAUCAAAUAUGGAAAUCGAUGUACAAAGUAACGAAGCAGUUAUUGACAAUGUGUUAGACAUAUACAAUACCGGACAGUGUCUCGCAUCAAAGCAACUUAAAAGGGUAAGAAGUCCGACAUCGGAAGCAGAAAACGACAGUAAACGACGUGCAGUAACUCAAACGUUUUCACCAUCCACAUAUACUUCCAAAGCAAGCGUGCCUAAUCAUGUCCCGAGUAUCAGUGCCAGAGGCAAGAUUCUCUUGCACUUUGGCCAAACCGUAGAGACUUGGAAGAAACAGAACGAGCAAAAUGUAUCGAUCGUUAUUGCUAAUAUUCCUUACAUGCCCAAAGAUGGGGUUUAUAUGUACGACACGUUGUCGAAAGAGGUGACCACACUUAACUACGAUAGUAUAAGUUUCGGUAAUCGACUUACCCAUGUUUGGAAGGAAAUGGGGUCCGCUGAUACAAACCCGCGUUACGUGAAGAAAAUGAGGACUAUCAGCCAAGUAACGUUUAGAAUAUACGGUAGAAUAUUUACCUCGAUCGAUAAAUUAAACGGGAAAAAGCUCGUGUUUCUGGAAGGCUAUAUAAUAUCUAAAGAAGAUUUCGAAGAUUCUUUCAUCCAGUUGGAUCUCAGUGGAAUCAAGCACUAUUCAGUUUUUCCGGGGCAAAUAGUUGUGGUGGAAGGCACUAACGCAACCGGGAAAGCUCUGUUGGCAAAAGAAUUGUUUGUAAAGGGCCAUGUGCCGCUUGCUGAAUCGCCAAAGUUAACGGAAGAUCUGAAAGUAUACGUUGCAGCUGGACCAUUUACAACCUCUGGCAAUUUGAAUUAUCAGCCCUUGUGGGACUUAAUAGAAUGCGUCGUGGAAGAUGAACCCAAUAUUUUAAUACUGAUCGGACCUUUUAUUGACAACAUGCAUUCCGAAAUUAAAAACUGUACUUUAAAGGACUCUUUCAAUGAUUUCUUUGACAAAAUUUUAUCAAGAAUUAUGCAGCACUUGCAAGGGAAACAUACGCGAGUCAUAUUAAUAUCUUCUAAUCGCGACGUCCACCAUGAAGCAGUUUAUCCGACACCGGAAUAUACCAUUAAUACGAAUAAAAUUGGAUCGUAUUCCUCGAAUUUGUACUCUAUGCCAGAUCCAUGUAUAAUAAAUGCGAACGGGCUGCAGAUCGGAGUAACUUCAGUUGAUGUUAUCAGACAUCUAGGACAGUACGAAGUGUCAAACACCUCCGCCAUGGAUAGAUUGAGUCGUUUAGCAGACCAUGUGUUGUCUCAAGCAACAUUCUACCCUAUAUAUCCACCUAUCCCCGGUUUGAAACUUGACCUAAUACGAUGGAGAAAAUAUGGUUGUUUCGAUCAUCAACCGCAUAUCAUGAUUUUACCGUCUGAUAUUAAACACUAUUGCAAAGUAGUGAACGAAUGUCUUGUCUUAAAUCCGGAGCGAUUGCAAAAAUACAUAUACGCGAAACUAUGCAUACGACCGAACGUAAUUGGGAAAUGGGAUCCAAACAGUGUAUCCUGCGAGAUUGCAAAAGUCUGAGAAUUUAUUGAAACGUUUUCUUAGAAUACAGAAUCUAUCUUUCGCAUAAUAAAGUACAAAAAGUAUAUUUUUGUAAAGUUUUACUUAGAUUUUCAGUGCAGAUAAUAAAGGAAAUAAUUAUAGUGUUCAUAGUUAAUGAUUUUCAUAA